UCCGUGUGUGUGCUCAGUCCGUGUGUAUGAGUCUGAGAGGAAUGAGGUGACCCUCAUCACAUUACUCAACACUUUCAGAGCUUCAGUGGUCCUCCAGGACGGAUUUUUCAGACUUCCGGUGUUGGACAUGCCACCCCAAAUGGAUUAUUUCUACCAAGAGGCGCGAGUUCCGCCGGUGUGUCUGGAGCAGGGGCACGAGCACGAGCACGCGCCGGAGUCGGACCCGGAGCCGGACCCGGAGCCGGUGAUCAGCUGCAUGCUGGUGGGAGAUGGAGCUGUGGGUAAAACCAGCAUGAUCAUCAGCUACACCAACAACGGAUACCCCACUGACUACAAACAGACCGCUUUCGAUGUGUUUUCAGGACAAGUCCAGGUUGAUGGAGCACCUGUCCGGAUCCAACUGAUGGACACAGCUGGACAGGAGGAGUUCGACGGCUUCCGCUCUCUGUCCUACGCCCACACGGACGUCUUCCUGCUGUGCUUCAGCGUCGUCAACCCGACGUCCUUCCAAAACAUCACGAAGAAAUGGAUCCCCGAGAUCCGCUCGUGCAACCCGACGUCUCCCAUCAUCCUGGUCGGGACUCAGUCCGACCUCCUGCUGGACGUCAACGUUCUGAUCGACCUGGACCGGUACAAGGUGAAGCCCGUGCUCGGGUCUCGGGCUCGGAGCCUGGCCGAGAAGAUCCGUGCUACGGAGUACGUGGAGUGCUCGGCUCUGACGCAGAAGAACUUGAAGGAGGCUUUUGACGCCGCCAUUUUCGCAGCCAUCAAACACAAGGCCAGGAAAGCCAAGAAGAUGAGACUGUCGGACAGGCGCGCGAAAGCUUUUUCCAAAUGCGGCUGGAAGAAAUUCUUCUGCUUCAUCUGAUCCUGUGGGUCAAACCCCGUGCACUGUUGUGUAACUUAUUAUUUAUUACUUUGGACGGUUUUGUGUGUGUGUGUGUGUGUGUGUGUGUUAUGCAUUCAAUGUUUUGCACUGCAGAACAUUUCACAUGCGGCGGAAAUCGUUCCCGCAUCGUUACGUCACGACGAGAGAGACGUGAACAGAAACCGGUUCUGUUUAGGUGGUGCGGACGAUCAGUUUCCUGUAACAGCACUUCCUGAAGUGACUCAUCCGUCUUGAAUUCAACCUCAGCGAUUAGCCGGACGGACGAAACGUGGCACUUUUUAUCCGUUUAAAGUCGCCGGAACGUCCGCUAAACAAGUUCUCGCUUAGCAAGAAACCCAAAAAAAAACAACAACCCCAAAACGAAGUCUCCUGAAGAUGACGGUUACAAAGCACUGACGCUGGAGACUCCUUCCAUGAAUAUUAAGUAGAGGUCUGCUUGAAGAAAACGCCACCUCGGAACACCUAAAGUGAACCCGACAGUGAAAAGCGCAUCCGGGAGGAAACACGGCUCUCUGGGUUAGGAUGAAAAACGACGACGGCGCAUGCGGUGUGUAGAGGAUGAGGAUUCGCAUGAUGUGGGAGGGGGAAGGCCUGCAGCGUGGUGCGAGGAGCCGAAAGGGUUCGACGCGGUGGCGCUCUUUCUCCUCGGCGCGACGUUGUCAGACGUGACUUUUCAUAUGCGAGCUGCGGCGUGACCCGUGUUCCCGACGGCUCCUUCUGAACAAUUAAGAGGCGACUCCGCGAGGACGGGGUCGAGUCUGUUCGGCCGAGCAGCAGCUCCAGCCUGGCCAUUGUGUUGCAAAUUAAUCUCAGGCCAGUGGGCGAGAUCUUCUCCAGCACUGAGAGCGUCCAUCAUUAUUAGUUUGUAAGACUCAAUCAGGGAGGAUUCACGUCUUGAGUUAACCAUUAACACCAAACACGCACACGCACACACACACACACGCACACACAGGUGCCUUGUUUUGGAUCUCUGGCUUGUUUACGUCGCUCACACUCUUUAUCUCUGUAUUGAUUUGUUAGCUGGAGCGUGUGUACAUACCAUGCGAUCGUGUAAAAUACUGCUUUUUUUUUUUUUUUUUGGCUAAAACACUAAACUUUAUGCUUCUCGUGGAAGACACUUUUAUAUAUAAUGCUGUUUAUUCUAAACAGUCGAAUUUAAUGCCCUAGGCAAGAAGGACUUCUUAUUUUCACACACACACACACACACACACACACACACACACACACACACACACACAUAUAUAUAUAUAUAUAUAUAUAUAUAUAUAUAUAUAUAUAUAUAUAUAUAUAUAUAUAUAUGCAUGACAUUCUGGCUUUCACUGCUUCAUUCAUCCAUUUAUUUGUCAGUUUGUUUUUGUUUGUUUGUUUGUUUUCUCAUUAUUAUUAUUAUUAUUAUUUUUUUUUGCAUUCACUCUGGACGUCCUAACGAUGUUUUGUGAGAUGUUGUAAUAAAAUGAAGUAAAAACGA